GGGAACAGCGGGACUCACAGGCGGGACGGGACCGAAACACCUGAUAAGCGGCAGGAACCGAGCGCUCAGUUUCUCCUUACCGGCAGCGGAGCGGCACAGGCCGGACACCGAGCAUGGCUUCCGGAUCCGAUUCCAAAUCAGACGACCUGUCUACAGCAAUCCUGAAGCAGAAGAGCCGGCCCAAUCGGCUGAUUGUGGAUGAAUCCAUCAAUGAGGACAACAGUGUGGUGUCUCUGUCCCAGGCCAAGAUGGAUGAGCUGCAGCUCUUUAGGGGGGACACCGUGCUGCUGAAAGGGAAGAAGAGGAGGGAAGCCGUUUGCAUCGUUCUCUCAGAUGACACCUGUUCCGAUGAAAAGAUCCGAAUGAACAGAGUCGUCCGGAACAACCUGAGGGUGCGGCUUGGAGAUGUUAUCAGCAUUCAGCCGUGCCCGGAUGUGAAGUACGGCAAGCGGAUCCAUGUCCUGCCCAUAGACGACACAGUGGAGGGCAUCACUGGGAACCUGUUUGAGGUGUAUCUCAAGCCUUACUUCUUGGAAGCCUACCGGCCAAUCAGGAAAGGUGACAUUUUCCUGGUGCGCGGAGGGAUGCGAGCAGUGGAGUUCAAAGUGGUGGAGACUGAUCCCUCCCCGUACUGCAUUGUGGCCCCCGAUACUGUAAUCCAUUGUGAAGGGGAGCCCAUUAAACGUGAAGAUGAGGAGGAGUCCUUGAAUGAAGUGGGCUAUGAUGACAUCGGCGGCUGCAGGAAACAGCUGGCCCAGAUCAAAGAGAUGGUGGAACUGCCUCUCAGGCACCCGGCCCUCUUUAAGGCUAUUGGGGUGAAGCCUCCCAGGGGCAUUCUGCUGUACGGACCCCCAGGCACUGGAAAAACCCUCAUUGCUAGAGCUGUGGCCAAUGAAACCGGAGCUUUCUUCUUCCUGAUCAAUGGGCCCGAGAUCAUGAGCAAGUUGGCCGGCGAGUCGGAGAGCAACCUGCGCAAAGCGUUUGAGGAGGCCGAGAAGAACGCCCCGGCCAUCAUCUUUAUAGACGAGCUGGACGCCAUCGCCCCCAAGAGAGAGAAGACACACGGAGAAGUUGAGCGGCGCAUUGUCUCUCAGCUACUGACUCUGAUGGACGGGCUGAAACAGCGGGCACACGUCAUUGUCAUGGCCGCCACCAACCGACCCAACAGCAUCGACCCGGCGCUCAGGCGAUUUGGUCGCUUCGACAGGGAGGUUGAUAUCGGCAUCCCCGACUCCACCGGGAGGCUGGAAAUCCUGCAGAUCCACACCAAGAACAUGAAGCUUUCCGACGACGUGGAUCUGGAGCAGGUUGCAAAUGAAACCCACGGACACGUAGGUGCCGACUUGGCCGCUCUGUGCUCGGAAGCCGCGCUCCAGGCCAUCAGGAAGAAGAUGGACCUCAUAGACCUGGAAGAUGAAACCAUCGAUGCUGAAGUGAUGAACUCUUUGGCCGUCACCAUGGAUGACUUUAGGUGGGCGCUGAGUCAGAGUAACCCCUCGGCCCUACGGGAGACGGUGGUGGAGGUGCCGCAGGUCACAUGGGAGGAUAUCGGUGGCUUGGAAGACGUCAAGAGGGAGCUCCAGGAGCUGGUGCAGUAUCCUGUGGAGCAUCCAGACAAGUUCCUGAAGUUCGGAAUGACCCCAUCGAAGGGUGUGCUUUUCUACGGGCCCCCCGGGUGCGGUAAGACUCUGCUGGCUAAGGCCAUUGCCAACGAAUGCCAGGCCAACUUCAUCUCCAUCAAAGGGCCAGAACUGCUCACCAUGUGGUUCGGAGAGUCUGAGGCCAACGUCAGAGAGAUAUUUGACAAGGCUCGGCAGGCCGCUCCUUGUGUCCUCUUCUUUGAUGAAUUGGACUCCAUUGCCAAGGCCCGAGGCGGCAACAUUGGAGAUGGUGGUGGAGCCGCCGACAGAGUCAUUAACCAGAUCCUCACAGAGAUGGAUGGAAUGUCCACAAAGAAGAACGUCUUCAUCAUUGGAGCCACCAACAGGCCAGAUAUUAUCGACCCCGCCAUCUUGCGUCCCGGCCGUCUGGAUCAGCUCAUUUACAUCCCACUGCCCGAUGAGAAGUCCCGCAUUGCCAUCCUGAAGGCCAACCUUAGGAAGUCUCCUGUUGCCAAGGAUGUGGACCUUGACUUCCUGGCCAAGAUGACCAAUGGUUUCUCCGGUGCCGAUCUGACUGAGAUUUGCCAGCGUGCCUGCAAACUGGCCAUCAGGGAAUCCAUUGAGAAUGAGAUCCGAAGGGAGCGAGAGAGGCAGACCAACCCCUCGGCUAUGGAAGUGGAAGAAGACGACCCUGUACCGGAAAUCCGGAGAGACCACUUUGAAGAAGCCAUGCGAUUCGCCCGCCGCUCCGUCAGCGAUAACGACAUUCGCAAAUACGAGAUGUUCGCACAGACCCUUCAGCAGAGCAGAGGAUUCGGCAGCUUCAGAUUUCCCGCCGGGGGUCAAGGUGGAGCCGGUCCCAGCCAAGGAGCGGGCGGAGGCAGCGGCGGCAGCCAUUUUAACGAGGAAGAAGAUGAUCUGUAUGGUUAAAGAGUCGGCCGACUCGCCCCUCGUUGUACAGCGCAGAAAUUCCUACGUUAAUGGACACUCAGCUUUUCAUUCCCCAGUCCCGGCAGCGUAGAUGCACCCCCCCCACUCCUAUGAUUUGUUACACGGCUGUGAGAAGGGGAGAGCCAAGUCUCUCAGGAUUCCGCCUUCAACUCUUACUUUUCUCUCCUUUCCCUCCCCGUCCCCCCCCCCCAAGCGGCCCCUGUGCUCGCGGCGUCGAGGGCGGGGAAUGAAAGUUCUGCCCCUCCCACCGAGUGACUUUGGACUCCUUUUACCACCUGUGGGGGGAGGAUCCUGCAGAUCUGGUUCUGACUCCUCCAGUUUCAGCUGUUUUGCCUUCAACUGUUCAUCCAAAGUGGGUUCUGUUGGGUUCUGGUUCUGUUUGGGGGAAUCGAUGCCAAGAUUAACCCUUUGGCUGCCACCGUGCCUGGGGAGCUUUGUAGCCGGGCACCCUGGCAGUGAAAGGGUUAAUAGAGCGGCAGCGGGGCCCCAGGGUGUUGCAGGGUUCUCCAGCUGUGAUUGGGUCGCUCCCUCUCCUGUGGGUAUGAGAAAAGCAGAAUAAAAGAAAUUAAACAUUCUCUGAGGGUUUUUUUCCUUUCAUUUUUUUCAUGUUGGAUUGAAAUACGGAGGCUCGAGCGUCUCGACAAUAAACUGACUGAUCUCUAA